GACGUCAGCUGGAAGGCGUGUGAGUGAGUGAGGGGCUGAGGUACCGCCCGCCAGAGCGAGAGCGCGCACACACACACACACACACACACACACACACACAAACGCACACACAAUCUUCCAGACCCAUCCCUUGCCCGCCAGCUCCACGCGCCAAAGGGAGGCAGAGCGAGGAGGAGGAGGCAGUGCCUGGACCCCGGCUGCCCAGGAGAGACGGAGCCCGUGGCUGGUGAGGCUGCAGAGCAGGGCCAGGCUGGGCCCUGCCCGCAAGGACGCCUGAACCCCUCACCGGCCCCUGGGCCCCAGAGCCCACCAGGCUCUCCUGCUGGCCCCACCAUGACUUCGGAGUCCACAUCACCCCCAGUUGUGCCCCCGCUCCACUCCCCCAAGUCCCCAGUCUGGCCCACCUUCCCCUUUCACCGGGAGGGCAGCAGGGUCUGGGAGCGGGGUGGUAUCUCACCUCGGGACCUACCCAGCCCUCUGCCCACCAAGCGGACCAGGACCUAUUCAGCGACAGCCCGUGCCUCAGCUGGCCCCGUGUUCAAGGGCGUUUGUAAGCAGUUCUCACGCGCUCAGGGCCAUGGCUUCAUCACCCCCGAGAACGGGUCCGAGGACAUCUUUGUGCACGUGUCUGACAUCGAGGGGGAGUACGUGCCAGUGGAGGGCGACGAGGUGACCUACAAGAUGUGCCCCAUCCCGCCCAAGAACCAGAAGUUCCAGGCCGUGGAGGUGGUGCUCACUCAGCUGGCCCCCCACACUCCACAUGAGACGUGGUCUGGCCAGGUCGUGGGCUCCUAGGCUGGGUGACUCACAGGCCAGCUGGCCAGGGGGUGGGGAGCCACACAGGGUGAACGGGCAGCAGCCGGCUCCAUGCCCCACUGCCCCAGCUGAUCAGUCCUUCAGUGGCCUCAGUGUGCACGUCUGUCUGUCUGUCUGUCUGUCUGUCUGUCUGUCUGUGCUUGUGGCCGUGAGCGUGUGCCUCCACUCACCCCAUGACCCGUGACUGCUGUGUGAGCUGGCCAGGAGGUGGGUGGAGGGCAAGGCCACCAGACUCGGCUUCUCGCUGUCCACUGCCUCUCUCUUCCCCUCCCUGCCUCAGACACGCAGGACCCACUCGCCCUCCUGCCUACUUGUCCCCGUGGUGACUGAACCACGAGAGCCUCGCUCCCCUGGCCUCUGCCCCUGAGCCGUCCCGUGUCAGUCCCUGGCCUGGGGCCAGGCUCUCUGUCUCCCUCCCUGGGCUGAGGUUCCCCCACCACGGCCUGGACCCUCCCUCAGAAGCCUGGCCGGUGGGCGCUUUGGGGGAGCCUCCCAGCCUCUGGCAGGGGAAGAGGCAGACACGGAGGCGUGUGGCCCCCACACUGCUGAGGCCAGCCUUCCUUCCUGCUCUCCUCUCUCAGUGCACUGGAGAGGCAGGAAGAGGGGCCUGAGGGAGGAAGGGGUUUGCGACUCCCAUUUUGCUGGCCAGUCCCCCCUCCUCAGCCUGGCAGUGCCUCUGGGCUCCUCCCCCUGUGCUGUGCUGAGCUGAGCCCAGGGGUCUGCAGAGGGUGGGGGUCCAUCUCUGCAGCCUGGCUGCAGCCCUCCUUUCCCCUGACUCACAAGCCCCACUGAUGCUCUGGGUCAUACCCAGCUGACGGCUGCUGAGGACGCCACGAUGAUGGAUGAACACACGUCCAUCAGGCAGGGCCAGGCCUGGGCACCCACGAGGAGGGCCUGGGAGACAGGCCCUGUGGCCCCCACGUCAGCCCCUCUUGCCAAGGCCCUGAUAGACCAGCGGCUCAGGUGUGGCUCUUACCGUGUCCAUCCCUGAAGAUGUGCAACUAUCGCUGUCACCUGGAGUCCUUUUGGGGCCAAGAUGUGUGUGCAUCCAAGCUGGUGGGCAUUCACUCCCAAGCAGGGGCGAGGCUGGCCUGGCCCGGGAGGCCAAGAGGAGGGCCCUGUCUGCCUCCACCUCUGGUCACACCCCCUGCCCACCACCCUCCCUUCUAGAGAGCACAUCAUCUGACAGGGGGAAGUGGGGCCGUGGUUCAAGGGAGGACAGGCCAGGGUGAGUAACACUGGGGGCUCAAAUGCCCAAGAUGAGGGGAUCAGUGACUGUCUAGGAGGAUCCCUGGCCUUGUAGGUGCCCCAAGACCCCAGGGUAGAGAUCAGCCGGGGUGCCUGCAUCCCGCCCCUGCCCCCAGGGCCCACGGCACAAAAUCUAGGAGCCCAGAGCUGCUGAGGUAUGCUGGUCAUCCCCCUAAAAUGGGCAUGGCCCAACCUGUCCCAUGAGGAAAAAGGGCCCCUGGCCCCCUUGAGAGAGGGCUUGUUGGUGAGGGUUGACUCCUGGGGGCCCCUGAGGCUCCCAGCCUGUGGAGAGGCUGCCUUUUAAGGCUCCACUAGCAGUCAGGAUAUGGUGGCAUCAGCCCUGGGGCCGCCUGGGUGGCAGGGGGGCAGCAGCUCUCAUCCCCACUCACAGGCCCUGCAGCGCCCAUUUGGAAUUCCCCUCAAGACCCCUGGCCACCCGGAUCCCCCAUUCUUCCUAACAUUGGCAAUAAACCCUCAACUGUGACCCA